AUGUCCAAAGGUGACAAAACAAUUAUCUGUCGCGUGUGUUUACGCUCCGACAUCAAGAUCCGCAAAAAAUGUAUAUCGCUCUUCGAAAGACACAAGGAUGCUCUCAUUUGUGACAAUAUAAGCUCCAUCGCAAAUGUUGUGAUAAAACAGAACGACGGUUUGCCCAGCGAGAUAUGCCCAGAUUGCCUUUUGGAGUUGGACACAGCGGUCACUUUCAAAGCAAAAUGUGAGAAUUCAAAUAUCAUUUUGCUGGGUACUCUUCCAGGUAACCAAAUUACGCAGCUAACAGAAUUCUCAAUUGAUAUGAAAUUGGAACAGAUAAAAAAAGAGGAACCUGAUGACUAUGUUGAUGAUAAAGACUUUGAGGUCGAAUAUCUGGACACUGACGUUGACUUCGGUUUGGAUCUUGAUCAAAUAGGUAAACAAGAAACACAAAUAGAAACAUUAAAUGCGAAACCAAAUAAAGAAACUCAAUUUGAGUGUCACGACUGCGGUGAAUUCUUCAAAAGUAAAUGUAAGUUAAAAGUUCACUGGAAACGUGUUCAUCUCUUGGAGAAAUUAGUGUGUGAAACAUGCAAGCGUGCCUUCAAGUCUACCAAAGCUUAUCUCAAAUAUGCUAGAAGGGACUCACGAGAUAAGCAUGUAAGAGCCAAGCAUAAUUUCCUAUUUUCUAACAUGAAUAAUUUUAUUGUUAAGAAAGAAAAACCACCAAUAAAUCCAUCGGAUGAAAAUGAAAAAGUCUUCAUAGAAGUUGAUGUUGCUCCCAUCCUGACCACUAUUAAAAGUGAAAUCGACUUUCACACAAUGGCCAAAUUCGCAAUAGUGCACCAAAUGAUUAUCACGUGCGACGGUGACAUGCAGGCUCCAUGA